AUGGGCUGUUCCCCAUCAAGGGGAAAUAACUUGGCACAUGGACCAUUCAGGAGAGGGAAAACGCUGCUGCCUGGGACCAAGGAAACUACAGGGGACUCACAAUCUGAUGACGGAGGCAGUGGAAGCUCUGGCGGUGGUGAGACAGAUGGAGAAGCUUGUCAGCAGGCAGCAGGAGAAAAGAAACUGAACAAUCAUGUAGAUACAAAUUGUAUCUCUUCAGGAAAGAAACACCCUGUAGCUGAACCAGCAACUAUUACCUCUGAAAAACUGGGCACUCAAGACAUCACAAUUAAUUUACUAUCCCAAACAAAGGAGAAACUAGAUGAAAAGAAGGAUGAGAAAAAGGGAACAAAGAAGUCAAAGAAGGGUCCUAAAAGUGCAAAGCCAAACAAAAAGAAAGAGAAGGAAAAGAAACCUGCAGUUGAAGAGAAGGUGGACUUUCCAGAGCCACUUGUGAAAGCCCAUCAAGCAGCAUACGGCUUUCUCAAUCCAAGUAUUGCCAAAUAUGAAAUUCUUUUGAGUUUACUAGAUCAUGCAGCCCAGACUCAAAUUUCCUUGCAACCCAUGGUGGCAUUCAUGGCUCUGCGCUAUGAAGAGAUAAACCGAGGACUGGAGGAAAUGGUUGAAGCAGGGGAGAAGCUUUUGAAAGAAAAUGGUGAACAUCUGGCUUGGCCUUGUAAUAUGAAAAAUCUUUCCUCGUCCAGCUCAACCAAAAGCAAGCCUGCUUCCUCCAAGCCCCCACCUGACUUGCUACAACAACUACUUCAGUACACCAUUCAGAGGAUGCGUCUUGUGGGGCAGUCGGUGAGUGGAAUUGGAGACACAGCCCUUGAGGACGCUGUGGAUUAUUUUUCAUCUAUAUCUGAUGUCCUGGAGGAGAAACUGAAGGCUAAGCGUGCAGCUGAGGCUAGGCUAAUGCAGUUGCUGACUAGGAUUGAAGCUGCCUCACUACGGAGACCUGGUCCAGAGGACUCAGCAUUGUUCAGUGAAGACAGUGGCAUUGGGGCGGAGAGUGAGUCACUGGCAGGGUCAGACAGGCAACGCCACCGUAGGGAAAGCUGUGAGUCAACUGGAUCCAAUCACACAAUUCUUUGCAGUCCUGGAAGCUCAACGCUGACCCACCAGGGCUCUUCUAAACGACUACUUAGCCCAAAAAUGACAAAAAGUAGCUCUCUAAAUUCUAUAGACUCAACCUGUACCAUUACAGGUAAAGAGUUCAGAGAUACAGAAUCUUUGCUUGGCUCUGCCUCCUUGGAUGAUGGUGAAGGAGAGGAAGAAGAAGAGGAGAAUGAGGAAGCCAGUGAGGAAGAGCACUGCGAGGGUAUUAUCAGGAAGCGAUCAAGUUCUUCUCCUCCAGACCCUGGCAAGCAACCACGGCGCCUGCCUGCAAAGCGAAUAGAGAAUCCACAAAAUGUUGAAAUGACAUUAAAGAUGAAAGAUGCCAUCAGUGGACGGAUUCACUUUGUUCCCUCUCAGCGCUCUGGAACAAAGACAAAGGCUGGAACCUCAAAGGUUAGUGAGAGGCAGUGGACCGAAGAGGGAGAGAAAAGCCCCAAAAGACCACAAACAGCUACAUCUCGAGCACCUAAGAAGAAGACCACAGUCAUUAAACAGUGCCGUUCAAGAUCAGCAGAAUCUCUUCGUAGUAAAGCUGAAGACCCUACACUGCUUGAACUGGAAAGGACACAAAAAGAAUUGAGUCAGAGGUUAGAGAGAAUGAGAAAGGUCAGGUUUGAAGGAAACAUAAGAAAAGAUGUUUCCAAACCAUUGCAAGGACAUGAAACACAGACUGGUUCACUCAAAGUACCUGGGCAACUGCGUCCUUUGAACAAGAACCUUGCUUCUUCAAAUAUUCAGAGAAAGUCCAUCAAUGCACAAGAAGUCAUAGGAAAGCAGGAGGAUGGAAAGGAAAGGGAGAAGGAAACAAAGAAAAAGGAUAAACCUAUCAAGGGUCCCCUGAAAGCAACACCCCCUCCAAGCCCACCACCAUCUCUCCGACAACCCUUAGGAAUGGGAGGGAAUUCUGUCAAAAGACUGAUUGACACCUUCAGUCAGGGAAUGGAGGAGAGUAAACAUAUUCAUGAAAGUACAAAGGUGCUUGGACCUCUCAAAGGGGUCAUGAAGUGUGGGGUUCCCAUCAUUCCAGGUUUAAGUGGUGCAGAUAGGCUUUCAUGCAAUGAAAAUGACAACAGCAACCAAGGGGAAUCAAGAACUUCUGAGAGGACAGAUGAUCUUGACUUGGACAACUUACCACCACCUCCUAUAGAGGUCCUCAUGGAUAAUUCUUUUGAAAACGUUGAUGUUAGCAAAACAGAUGACAGUAUAACCAGAAGGGGCCGGUCAACCCUCCCAAAGAAGACAAGUGUGUCUCAAAGGCUCCGUGCCUCAAUGCAAUCUGUUACAGUACUACCUAGCAAGGGCAGUGUGCGGAAGAGCUCUCUUAGCAUGUCACCAGCACGCACUGCUCCACAGGACCCCAGUGCACUUGUUAAAAACUCUCAGCACGAUUCCAAACCUGAGUGUGAUCUGGAGAAUGAGGAGGCUGCCUCUCUUUACAAACAGGCACGGAAAAUUAUCCAUUUGAGGCAUUCCGCUGACUCUCCGACAGAGAAACCUGCAUGUGAAAACGGCAACAUCAAAUCCUGUAGUGCUCAAACCAAUAUUGAAAAAAAACAGGGGGACAAGAUCACCCCUGAAACAGUGCCCUCUACACCAGUAGCUGGAAGUCUAACGCCUGCAAUUCCACUUGUUUCCAGACCUCGCAUGUUACCUUCCACACCUGUUCUACAGAGAAGAUUGCCCAGCCCCCCUGUCUUUAAAAAGCAGACAGUUCAUCCCAGCUCAGCAAGUCCACCGAUAUUUCGCAAACUUCCUACUCCCCCACCCGCUGGCCAACGGACACUUCCCACUACCCCUGCCAUGCGGCAAGAGAUCACUUCCAGUUCUAUGAGCUAUAUUUCUUCAGCCACCUUCCCAUUUAAGGCACCAUCUCCCCCAGCCUCGCCAAAAGUGCAGCGAUGGUCCAGAGAGAACAGUAAUGAGGACUCUACUUCAAGAGUAUUUAGCAAUGCUCGCUCAGUAUUUUGUCCAGCCUCACCAUCUUUGUUUGAGGCACAGCCUUUUCCCGUGCCUAAGCCCCCACAAGCAUGGGCCUCCUCCGGCAGCAGCAUCCUCCCUCGCCCCUGGGGUGAGCGUGGCAGGCUGCCGGUAUCUAUUCGAGGGCCCCAGCCUUUCAUUCGGCGCAGCCAGUCUGACAGGAGACCCAGUCUCAGCUUUCCACAUAGGGUACCGGUGGUAUCUGUUGCACAGACUUGUGGAAGUGAGCCAGCCAUUAGUACCCAAGGGUUGGAAGACGGUCCAACUGGAGAGGUUGAGGUGUGGAGCGAGCAAACAGAGCUCAGAGGAGCAAGUCGCUCUGCCUCGCAUCCAGACCUGUGCAUUAUUGGUCAGGCCUUACAGCGUGAAUAGCAGACCUGAGGAAGGACUGGGCAGGAUUAUGGAUUAGCAAGCCUAGGUGGGAUUAAGGCCAUUUUUCCACUGGGAAGAGGAGAGUGACUAAUUCUUGGAAAGCUUCUUUACUGGGACUACCCCUUCCCACCUACUGUCAUUUUAAGCUAUUUUUGCACAUAUUUUUUCUACUGUUUUUCUUUUCUUUUUUUUG